CAUGGCAACAAAAUCAGAGAUAAGCAAACCAUUGAUUGAAAGGAGAAGAAGAGCGAGAAUAAAUGAACAUUUAGCUCAUUUAAAAUUACUCAUUAUGCAAGAUAUAAGAAUGCAACCUGGAAAAGUUAAUAAAUUGGAUAAAGCCGAAAUUAUGGAUAUGACCGUUUCUUAUCUAGGGAAAAUAAAGAAAGAUAAAACAACAGCUCAUCAAAAGAAUUCCUACAUUGAUAAUAACGAUAGCUUCUUUUCUCAAGGAUUUAUCGAUUGUGCAGGAAUAGUUCUAUCCUUCUUAGGGAAUGAUGAUCAAGUUGAUAUUGAAACGAGAACGAAACUACUUAAUCACCUAUCAGCAUCUUUGCAUCAUAAAAUAGAAAUGAAUUCAAAACCCUUCCAGGCCUAUCCCUAUCCCGCUUUAACUCCAUUCAGAGUACGGAAUGUUACCCAAUCUUCAUAUGUUUAUCCUCAACCUAUUUUAAGUACAACUUCAGCACCGCAACAUCAAUUAUCAGGACUAGGAGAAUUUAUGAAGCUUAAUAGAGAAUCCAGUGCAGAGAAGUUUGAUGAUUUCACUAAAAUUCCUUUUUGUCCUAAUGUUUGCGAUGUUAACGAACCAUGCGAAAAGAUAGAACAUUCUGAUGGAAUUUGCCAUUCUUUAGGGACAAAAAUUAAUGAAUUUCGGUGUCAAUGCCAAGAGAAUUACGAAUGGAACGGAACGUUGCUAAAAUGUUCUAGAAUAGAAAUUUGCCAACGUUCCGGUUACUGUAACAAAAUCGGAACUUUUAAGUGUGAGAUGUUAUAUGGGGGAAAAUUCCGUUGCAUUUGUAAGAAUACUUUUAGUGGUGAACGGUGUAAUCGAUUGAGGAGACCGUGUACGGAUCGUUUACCAUUUAGGGUAGAUAAUAAAACGGGUGACGAUCUCUGCGGAACGAAGAAAGAGAAAGGAAUUUGCAUCAAUAUUGGGACAAUUUAUACUUGUCGAUGCGAAAGAGCCUAUGAGCGUGAUGAUAGAGAAGCCGCUUUGAACUGUUUGAAGCGUUCUGAUACCUGUAACAGUAAAUUAUGUCCAAAGGGGCGGCAUUGCGUAACUGUUUACGGUAACCCAAUUUGUAAGUGUCCCGCCCACUUAAGAGGUGAAAGUUGUACCAUAUGGUUACCGAACUGGGGAAUUUGGGAAGAGUGGAGUCAUUGUAAAGGUUCCUGCGGUUUCAAUGCUGUUAGAUUCAGAGUCCGUAAGUGUCAAACAGGUCAAGAUUGCGAAGGAAAUAAUAAGGAGCUUGAAGAGUGUGAAAACUUCGGUAAACCGUGUCCUUCAUUACCCUAUUGGCUUGCUUGGUCAUAUUAUACGGAAUGUACUGUAACUUGCGGUGGAGGUCACAAAUAUCGAACUAGAUAUUGCUAUAGCGAUACCCUAAGAAAGUUGGUCAAUUCAUCUAGUUGCGCAAUGAGUGUUUCCAGCCAGAAAAUGUUGUCAUAUAACCGUGAAACACAAGCUUGUUCUUUAAACAAAUGCCCAGUUAAUAGCCCCAAUAGAAAAUGGACAGAAUGGCUUGGUUGGAGCAAGUGCGAUAGCCUGUGUGAACCGGCUAGAAAAUAUAACUUUAGAACUUGUCAAGGAGGUGUUGGAAAAUGUCAAGGUCUACCAUACAAAUUUGCCAACUGCGGUGAUAAAUGCUCUGGUAUAAAAAUAUGAAGGAUCAAAUAUGCGACACAAGUAAUAAAAAACAAAACAUUUUAAAGGCAUUAAUUUACUAAAAAGCAUUUUCUUCCUUCAUGGGUGUGACGUAUGGAAAGUGGUCUUUGUUUACGAAAUGUAGUCCUACAAAGAGAUUUUGUUUCUCAAUUCGUGAAUGUAAACCGAAUAGCAGCUCAAAGACUAAAUGUAGAAAGCAAAAUACUUAUAAAAGAACUAAAUGUAAAAGGAAUGUAUGUCAAGGAACCAACAGAUUACACAUAUUUCGUAAAUUAUUUAAUUCUACCCAAUUUCAACUACUUAAAAGAGAAUUAACCUUUUGGAAAGAAUUCAAUGAUAGAAAGAUCAACAGGAAACGUUCAGUUUCAUCAUUUCUUCCAUUUUUUACCAUACUCUUACUAGUAUCUAUAGCAUUUACAGUAAUUAUAUUUAUAAUCUUAAAAACUGGUAGAAUAUAUUAUAAAAGAAAGCAAACUGACGAGAUAAAUAGACAAACUACGGAAAGUAUACAAGAAACUUUUUCAGAAGUGCUUAAAAAGUUUCGAAAUAAGACAAGUAAAUAUAAAUAACUUGUUUUUAUUAAAAAAAAAAUGUUUUGAAAAGCAAGAAAAGAGAAAAAUAUUACUAAUAUUCAGUACGCCAUCUAAUGGAGAAAAUGCAUAAUUAAUUAAAGAACAAUUGCUUUGGCAAACAAAUCAUGUUGUAGUUGUAAUUGAUGCAUAAACUUGUAACAGUUGUUUAUUUAUUUAUAGUAAAAAAAAUGAGGAAAUAAAAU